AUGCAAGAGGUUGAUGACAUAUUCCAUGAGUUAAUCAGGAAAAUUGGCUACACACAUGGCAACAUCUCUGGCUUCUGCGGGAGUAUUCACAACAAACAUGGGACCUGCAUAAAAAGGUGUACGGAAAUUGUAAAUUUAAUGCUAUACAUGAAGGGGUAUGAACAUAAAGGCACACAAGGAUUGCAGAGAAGGCCAGUAAACUCGGGCACGUGGCAGCAGUUUCAAGAAUAUUUAAGAUGUACAGUAACGAUGGAAGCUUUAUUACGACUCUAUGGAAGGAAUGGGGAUCACAUCACAGUAAUGGACGAGGUUUCGAAGGAGUUAGAACAGGGGAAAACAUUUGUGAAGCAGAGGCUUGAAAGUGGAAUAUGUGAAAACAGAGAUUGGGCGAAGGUAUUAUUCCAAUCAAAGAGUAUGGGAACGGCCUUACAGAAUCGAUUAAACAGCUUGCGUGAAAGGUGGACACCAGCAAAGGUACCGGCUCGAAGCACAUCAGGAAAAUGUGGAUGGGAUGAUACAGAAGGGACUGACAAUGCCGGGCAGCCGAACCGUGACGAAGACUGUAAUGCACAGGCGCGGGCGAUACCACAGCACGAUGAGCUCAUGAAGGCCAUAAAGGGCGUGGUGGACGAAGGACACACCUUUCCGAACGUACAUAAGGUGUUACAGGACAUGCAAAAACCAGGGCAAUCCCAGGACAUAUGUCGACUAGAGCAGAAGAUAAAGGAGGGGGUCCAGCACGUGCAGAAACAAGCGGAGGGGCGGCAUGAAGCCACUCUGGGGGCGACGGAACCGCACACACCACCGCAGACGCCCGCCGUCCACGAUUCCGGUGCGACGUUCAACGUAGCCAAACCAGCGCGAGACACACCGGUAGCACCGGGAGCCACGGCAACACCACCGGCACCGGCAGCAACAACGCACAUGCGGGGGAACAGCACCCCUUCGUUGAGCCGAGCGAGCAGCGGCUACGACGGAAGCUGCCCCACUUCGGUCGAGCACAUCAUCGUUGAGCCGUGCGCAGAUGUGCGCGGCGGCGGCCACGACGGUAGCGGUAGCGGUAGCGGUAGCGAAGCACCGGACGAGGGACGAGGCACGGCGACAACAACAUCACCUGGGAGCGGUGGACGGACCACACGCAGUGCAGCUACUGGUGUAGGACCAGUCAAUAAGGGGGAUACGCAAGCGGCGAAAGAUUUUUUAGUGAAAGUUCUCGUGAGUUAUAUAAAGGACAGGGGCAUACCCGGGAAUGAUAGGGAUAGGACGUUUAACGACACAUUCUGGGCGGACAUGAAGACUGUUUACGACGAAUUUGUCACAUAUAUGGACAACACGGAUCAGGAGGCCCUGUAUGGGACACUGUGUCACGCGGCUGCACAGAAUCCGCAUCAGGAACACAUGUUACAGAGUGACCUUGUCGUAUGUGAGUUUAUGUUGGGUGCGUUGCUUUUUAAGCAUGGGCUCAAUGCGUCUCGCGCAGGCAGCAGUGCGCAAGGGACUGUAGAACCCGUAACACCAACGCAACGCUAUAUGAAGUGUAUGAUAGUGAAUGUAUUCAUACAUAGUAUGCUUGGUCAGGAUUGUCUAGACACCACGGGUGCAGGGUAUGCAGAAAAAGCUAUAUAUGAAUUAUUGAAGCCCGAAUCUGGGUUCCACGAGAAUGCUACGUGUGACGGUGUAGACUUUAGUAACACAACAGUAGCCGGGGGUAACUUAAGGCACAAAAUAAGAGAAUGGAUAAAGCAGGAAAAGAUAAAGUGGGGCGAUACAGAAGCUGCAGGAAUAUUAAGCAGUAGGUGUAAACAGUGGAGGCAAGAAGGACAGAGACAGAGCGGAAUAGCGAAAACGCACGUGAACCACAUAGAUAACGAUGAGGAGAAAAAAAUACAGGACGAGGUUAAACACAUAAAGGGAGAAGUGACGGCCGCAAUGGACAAAGUACACAAGAGUAUUGACAUCGAUAAGGAAGAAAUACAGAGCACGGCCGCUGCGAAGGUGGCCGCGACAAAACCGGCAACACCACCACCACAGCAACCGCCAAUUUUUCGCUCCUUUUUACUUUGUUCCUUUCUUUUUUCCUCUUAUGCCAAAUUUUAUCCCGUAAGCGUCUUCCAAAUAGUUACGGGGAAACGCAAAAGAAAAUGA